AUGACUUCAUACAAAUCCACAUUCAACAACUCUCCCCGUUCGUCGCCUUUCCGCCGUCCUGGUUCACCGAGUUCGCCCACCCUCGUGAAUGGAAGACCGGCAACACCUCCAACAAACAGGAGCGCCGCUUCACCUUUGACUUCGCCAUCUAAACUCAAGCAUGCCUAUACCGUCUCAGAGGAGGAGGAAGACGAGAUCAUCAUGUCAACCCCGUCGAAGUCCUCCGCAGAUCCGCAUUUUCGAAGAGCACAAACGGAACCCCCUCCAUCACCAACCACAAGUCGCCUUUCGCAACCUUCUUCGCCUUCAAAAUACGAGACGGCGCCGCUCUUGAUGCCCAACUCAAGGAAUCCUGCCAGCAGAGAACCACGCAGGCUCGUGUCUAAUGGCAUGCUCUCUCAGAAUGAUAACCUCUCAAAACUCCCUCCACAACUCCUGCAUAACAUGCGCGAGUCGUUCUCUGUCCUCGAUUCCAAUUCGAAUGGCACAAUCGAUGCCUCAUCUGUGGCCGAAACCCUGCAAUCCCUUGGACUCCACGAGAGCAAUCUGUCUCAAUUCUUCCCGCCGGGACAGCCACAACAAAUGUCCCUGCCGCAAUACCUCAAUCAGCUGGCGAAUAUUUUGGUCGGAUUAUCGCCUCAACAAGAGCUUCUCAAUGCCCUGUCUGCAUUUGAUGACGAUGAUAGCGGGCAGAUCGACGUUGCAGAGCUUCGUGCAGCGUUGUUGAGCACAGUGCCAGAUCCGGGAGAGCGGCAGCUGACCGGAAAGGACAUCGAUCGGGCCAUGGAAGGUUUCACGGGAAGGAGGAUUUUGGGCAAAAAUGUCAUUGGUAUCGCCGGAGUAAGAGGCUUAAAGGACCCUGCACCAAAGAAAGGCGGUGAUGUAUUUCGAUACCAGGAGUUUGUGGCGAACUUGACGGGCGGGCCUGCAACAGACUCUGUACAUCCUCAGAGUGUUUCUUCACGGUAA